GUCGGAUAUCAAAGUCCUGUAAAAGUAGAGCAGUAUUAUCGGUAACCUGUGUAAAAAUGGGCCUAUUAAGCAAAGCACUGAAUCGUCUAAGGACUUUGUUAAAAAGGACACCCCAACCCCAUCCUGAUCAGGAUAAUGAGACCCCUGUUGGGGCUUGUGUGGCUGAUGUGGGCGGUGGUAGUGAGGCAGGGAAAGAAAAGAAUAAGAGAGAAAGGAAGAGGUUUUGGAGGUGGCACUUAAGAAGAAAAAAGUACAGUGUGGCUAAGGCUGAGAAGCUGUACCAGACUUCUGUAUUGGGAACAGGAACAUACCGGAGGCAUAGUCAAAGCCUCAAGGAACUGACCCCCACUGCUGAGUACACUGAAGAUGUCCUUCAACCGGCGGUCCUCGACAUUUCAGUGUGUUCAUCAGCAGGUAAAGGCACUGACUCUCCAGUGCAUCUGUCAGAUGAUGACAGCUUUGUCUCUGCAGUGACCUCCAUAGCACACAGUGCCAUUGCCUGUGCAGUUGCAGAUGAGGACAUUGCCUCUGCAGUUGCAGAUGAGGACAUUGCCUCUGCAGAGAGUCUCAUACAUCAGGACAUUAACUCUGCUGUGAGACCCAAAGCAGAGAGGGACGUUGCCUCUGUACAGCAUUCCAAAAUAGAUGGGGGCAUUGCCCUUGCAGUGCUUCCCAAAGAAGAUGGGGGCAUUGCCUCUGCAAGGCAUCCUCAAGUAGAUAUGGGCAUUGCUAGUGCUGUGUGUACUCCAGUAGACUCUGGUGCAACAGGAGAGCUGGACAAAGAUCAUAUUUGUUGGCGGUACAAAUUUGGUGGCAGGCUGGGUGAAGGAGGAUUCGGGUCAGUGCGAAAAGGGACUCGUGUUAAGGAUGGUCUUAAGGUGGCUGUGAAAUAUGUCAAAAAGACGAAACACACUAAAUAUAUCACCACUGUGAGUAUGCUUCUUCUUCUCAUUCAUUGUUUAUCAUCUCAUAACACCGUCUCAUAUUGAUGUUAAUCACAUUUCAAUAGGCAAACUUCCCUUGAUGAACAAUGUGGCAAAUGACUUCAAUGUAAUGAUCA